UUUUUAAUACUGACUCAAUUCGCGCCAAUAUCACUUUUUGGCGCGCACUGCUGAUACUCUCUUUCGAUAGCAAAUCCCUAAAUUUAUCUCUAUCCCUAUCGCACAGAUCAAUACCUUGUUAUCUCUGUAUCUCACUUUGUCCCCAUCUCUCUCGUACUAGCCUCCCAUCCUUCCUCCUGUCCUGGAAACCGAGUAGUUAAGUCGUCAAUCUCAGGGAAUCAUUCUAGGCAUUGCGUUAAUGUCCAUGCAACAGUGAGAAAAAUACAAGCUCUACUUUUAUCAAUGGAGUUACGGAGUUGCACUCAUGUACAUUUUGUCCAAGCUGUUAAAGGUGGUUUGGUGACAAAAGUCCUGAACGUGUAUCGUGGAAAGCCAGCGCUGAAAUUCAAGGUGGUCAAAGAUAUAUAUGGAACUGAAGAUACAAAUACCUUUGCUCCAGUUCCAGCAUAUAGACCAGAAUUUGAGUUUGCUGACUUUCCAAUUGAAUGUGAUAGGCCCAUGGAUGAAAGUCUAUGUACAUUUGAGGACGAAAGAAUAACAGUGAAAAGUGAAGAUGAAACUCCAGAAUCUAGCAGUGAAGGCAGUGAGAACGGAGCAAAGGAAUUAGAUGAUCUUAUAUUUGGCAAUAUGACACUGAAACAAAUCAAGGAGAGAUGUAAAAAGAAGAAAAGGAAAUCUUUCAGAUUUGUUGAUUCAAGUGAUGAGGACACUUGUACCCCAGGAAAACCAAACCACUUUAGCUUGCAAUCCGAGGAGGAUGAAUAUGAUAUUAUGGAGCCGCUUAGCUGUUGGAAAUCUAAAAUUUUAAAAAAGAAAAAGACCCAGAAAAAGUGUAGAGGAGACAGUGUUCGCUCUUCAUCUCAAAAUGCACUAUCCAUUGUGAAGUUUGAAGAAACCCCCAGUGAUCAAGUUAUCUUUCAACAUAGUGAAAAUUUUCCAGCACCUAUUGCCAUUAAAGUUGAGUUUCCUGAGCCUAGCUAUUCAGGUUGCAAAGAUAUGAUCUUUGUUGCUGUAGAUCCCUCUUUUAGUUGUAAUGAGCCACUGUUCUGCAGUGGAAUGAUAUGUUAUGAAGAGCCUGAGACAGCUGAUGACUAUGAUUCAUUGACUGGAACGUCAGUGUUAGCCAUUGAAGAGCCUGAUACACCUAACGAUCGUGUUUCCGGAACUGAGAUGUCUGCUAUCUUUAGUGAAGAGUUGACCACUAAUGCUUGUGGGUUUGAGACUCAGACUUUCUUCAGUGAUGAGCCUCAAUGCUGUGCCGUUAAUGAACAAUCCUAUGAAUAUAUGGAGCAUGCAUAUCCUAAAUCAAUUAUUGGCGUACAGGCCUCGGAUGGGGAGAUAACGGAGGGUUCAGAAGGGGAGAUGGUGAUGGAGGCUAUUACAGAUUUGAUUAGUCAUCAGUUUUCAGAGUUGUCAAUAAUACCUGAUGUAAAUAAAGAAGAUUCUGUUAUGGACCAAAAUCCAAAGUCUGACUCCCCUGACUUUAAAAGUUUUCCCUGUGUGCAUGAGAAGUCACAGAAGACUAGCAGGAGCAGCCAGGUUCAAGUGUCUGAAGUCAAAGAAAAUAAUAACCUUCAACAUACACAAUUUAACAAAGGAAUUGGUUCUCAUCUCUUGGAUGAUGAAGCUGCAAAUGAUGCACUUCAUGCAGAAGCCAGUGUCACAAGCAGACAUGCUACAGACUGUAGUUCACCUUGGAAUUCAAAUCUAUGCUCAAGUCCAAAAGUGGAUUCAUUUUCUGUUACUGAUUAUUAUCCUAUAGCUGAGGAAAAUCGAUCAUCGUUGUCUGUUGGUGCUGAUGUAGCCAGAAACUGCUCUUCAAAAGUUCAUUCUUGUAUUAAUGAGCCUGCGGUAUCAGCAAAGGUUGAGGAAUGUCAUCAAUCAAAGCUGCAACAUCCUCCUGAAAGGCUCCUUUCAACUAGGACGGUCAUUUCUCCAACCUCUCAAAAGAAGCUACGUGAAGCUCUGGAGUGCACCGAGUUAGAUGCUGAACAAUAUUACAAGUAUGCGAGGAAAUUGUGCUACGGAAAACAGACUGAAAAUAAGAAUGGUAGAUCUGAAGGGGCCAAUCAGAUCAAGAAAGCUGAAGUCAGUAUUAGCCCUAAGAAAGUGGUUAAGAAACCUAAAAUUGACAGCAAUGGUUUCCAUCAAAAUGGCAAGGUUCCUUGCCCCUCCCGUGCUGUACAGCGUUUUAGCAGUGGGUGCACCUCCAUCCAGACUUGUUCAGAGAGUGCCAUUUUAUUCUCACAGCAGCAAAUGCGUGAUAUAGAAUCUGUUACAACUAAACUUGCUAAAGAGUUACAGUCCAUGAGGGACAUAGUUGAAGAAAAAUUGCAGUCCGAGGUCUAUCCAGCUACAUCUUUGAAAUAUAAUGCAGAAGAGAUGAGAAUUGCCGUACAGAAUGCUACAAGAGUUGAAGAAAGUGCAAGAAAAUCUGUUUCUGUCAUGGCAAGGGACUGCAACCGUUUUUGUAAAAUCAUGAAAUUGGCUGAGAAAGGUUCUGCUGCUUCUCCAAAUGUGGUCCGUAAGAAGAGGAAGAUUGUUUUUGCUGAUGAGGCUGGUGGAAAGCUCUGUGAUAUCAAGACUUUUGAUAAUGACAUGUCUUCUUUUACGGAGCCUAAGGGUCAGACUACAGUGACUGUUGAUUAAAUAUUUGAUUCCAGUGUUCAAAUGCCAGCUUUAUGUUCAAAUUGGAGGACAUAAUAUGUGGGCUUGCCAAGGCAUUUCGAGAUAUUGUUUUAAGGUAUGCCUGAUUUGAGGGGUGCUAGAGAAUAGGAAAGGACUUGCUGUAAAGUUUAUCCCUAGGGAUGGGGCACUCAAAUACAGACGAGUGCGCCAAAUAAAGAUCCUUCAUCUUUAGGCAAGCCAAGUCUCUUCUCUCAUUGUAUAUUAUUGAGUUAGCAUAUUCUUUGUAAUUUAUAGCUUACUAGCUAUUUCUGAUUUCCAUAAUUUAUACAUUUAGUGCCACUGAUCCCUA